GCAGUUACCGAACGGGAGAUGGUUGCAAUCCUGCAAUCCAGGGUGCGAGCUGCGCACUUCCCCGCAGCAAGGGCGGAGGCGUCAGCGCAGCCCAGGACCCAUGGAAGCGCAGAGCUCCCCCCGCUAGUCCCCCGUGGGUUCGCCCAAGGGCCGCCCCUUGCAGUCCCACCGCGCCCCCGCCUCUCCGAGCUGCCGCGAAGGAAGACUACGUUUCCCGGCGUGCCGCGCGGGCCAGGGCCGUACCGUGUGCGAGGUGGAGGGGGGAGCGGCGUGGGGCGCGCGCGAGUUGAAGUGCCGACGAGGCGGUCGAGUUCAUCAGUCAUGGCACUAAGGGCCUUGAAAUUUGCCUCAUUGACAGCAGCUGCUUCUGGCAUCUAUCUGUAUGGAAACAAGUUCCUGGAUCCUAAUGAUUUUGGAGUUGUUCGUGUGGGCCGAGCCAUUGCCACAACGGCAGUUAUCACCUAUGACUACCUCACCUCUCUUCGGAGUGUCCCGUACGGAUCAGAGGAGUAUGAAUUCCUCAAAUCACAGGUGCACCUGCGCUCUGCUGAGCGCCUCCGGGAGUUGUGCUGCUCCAACCGAGGCACCUUCAUCAAGGUGGGACAGCACCUGGGAGCGCUGGACUACCUCCUGCCUGAGGAGUACACCCGCACCCUCAAGGUGCUGCAUAGCCAGGCCCCGCAGAGCACCAGGCAGGAGAUUGAGCAAGUUAUCCGUGAGGAUCUGGGCAAAGAGAUAAAAGAGCUCUUUAUGAGUUUUGAGGACACUCCCUUGGGAGCAGCAUCACUAGCCCAGGUACACAAAGCAGUGCUGCGGGAUGGAAGAACGGUGGCAGUGAAAAUCCAGCACCCCAAGGUCCAAGCUCAGAGCUCCAAGGAUAUUUUGCUCAUGGAGGUUCUCCUCUUGGUUGUGAAGCAGAUUUUUCCAGAUUUUGAGUUCAUGUGGCUGGUGGAAGAAGCUAAAAAGAAUCUGCCCUUGGAGCUGGAUUUCCUCCAUGAAGGCAGAAAUGCUGAGAAGGUUGCUCAUAUGCUCAAAAACUUUGACUUCCUGAAGGUCCCCAGGAUCUACUGGGAGCUCUCCACAAGGCGUGUCCUUCUCAUGGAGUUUAUGGAAGGGGGACAAGUGAAUGACAGGGCCUAUAUGGAGAGGAAUGGCAUCAACGUCAAUGAGAUCUCUCGCAACUUGGGGAAGCUUUACAGUGAAAUGAUCUUUGUGAAUGGCUUUGUGCACUGUGACCCACACCCAGGCAAUGUGCUAGUGAAGAAGUGCCCAGCCUCUGGCAAGGCUCACAUAAUUCUCCUGGAUCAUGGGCUCUACCAGGUGCUGAGCGAGUCAUUCCGCAUGGACUACUGCCGCCUUUGGCAGGCCCUCAUCAAGGCUGAUAUGAAGAGGGUGCAGAAGUACAGCCGGCGGCUUGGGGCAGGGGAUUUGUAUCCUCUCUUUGCCUGCAUGCUGACUGCCAGAUCUUGGGAGUCUGUCAACAGGGGCAUUGACCAGUCACCAGUCUCUGCCAGCGAGGACAUGGAGAUCCGGUCCAACGCUGCUGCUUACUUGCCCCAGAUCACCCAGCUCCUCAACAAUGUUCCCCGCCAGAUGCUGCUUCUGCUGAAGACCAACGACUUGCUAAGGGGGAUUGAGUCAGCCCUGCACACACGGGCCAGUGCCAGCUCCUUCCUCAACAUGUCUCGCUGCUGCAUCAGAGCUGUUUCCACGUACCAGCGGAGCAAGAGCCACUCGCUUUACAGGAGGGCCCAGAUCUCACUCACAGAAGCCCUAAGCCUGUGGCAGAUCAACUUAUAUGAACUCUUUCUGUGGCUGAAGGGGUCCCAGCUGGGGAACUGGGUCAUUGCUCUCCUGAGACGGAUGCACCAUUUCAUGUACUGACGUGAACUGGUGGGAGAGGCCCAGGUGCUCCCUCCCUCCCUUCUGCUCUCCAUGGCACAUUUGCCUUUCUGUCUAUUUCUGUCUAUUUUUGGGUCUUACUCCACAUUACACACUGCACUGUCCUUUUCUUUUACAGCAUUAGCUUCCUCUGUGGCACAGAGAGGUUGAGUUGGUACCAGAGCCCUAUUGUUUUGUGGUUUAGGAAAAGUGGGUGCAUGAUACCUUGUGCCAGGAAAGACAGGAAAGGAUACCUUCUUUCCUCAUUUGUGCAGGUUAUAUUCCACUCAGAUUCUAGUGGGAUUGUGCUGGAAGCAAAUGCCUCUUUGACACUUUCUUAAACAAUAUUAAAGAAUUUUAGAGAAUCCCAGCCCUACCUAGAAUGCCUCAAAACAUUUCUCAGACUCUCAGAGGUGAUAAGUCCCUUUAAAAUGCAAUAGGGUUUAUAUUAGUUUGUGCAAUCUCCUUAGUCAGAUUUCUGUUUAGGUGUGCAGAAGGUUUCUCAGAGGAGUGAGACCUUGUGGAAAGCUGUCAGUAGGGUUUUCUCUUCCAGCACCAGAGAAAGAGGACUCAAAUGGUGAGAGUGGUGGACUGGGAGUCCGAGUUCCUAAGGUUCAUCUCCAGUCCUGUCAGCAAGUGCCUCUGUUUUUGGACUUCUCCUGGCCUGUUUCUUUUCAGGUAAAAUGGGGGAAGGGGACAGUGAUCUUGCCUCUCUUCUGAAAUUCAGGGAAGGCAGUAGGAAUGACAACUCAGGGCUCUGAAACUGCUGGUAAUGUAUAUGUACUGUACAAUACUUCCACACAACAAAAUAAAU